AUGGCCAAAGCAAAAGUUUCAAGCGAGGAAAUCAAGCCCACCACAUCAAGAUCACUUGCGUCCGAUGUGGUAAUGCCCAAGUUGCAGUCGCCAAGUCCCAGUACACGAGGAGGCCCAAAGCCAUCUCCAGCGAGUAGAUACGACAGUUCAUUAGGACUGCUGACCAAGAGGUUUGUGGAGCUGAUCCAAUCUGCUCCAUCAAAAGAUUUGGAUUUAAACACGGCAGCAGAAUCGCUUGGUGUUCAGAAACGACGUAUUUAUGAUAUCACAAAUGUGUUAGAAGGCAUUGGUCUUAUUGAGAAGACGUCCAAGAACAAUAUUCACUGGAAAGGUGCUAGUGGACCUACAAGUACAUCUGAUAGCUGUGAAGGAAUGGACUACCUUCGACAAAGCAUAGCAGAUCUUAGGCAAGAGGAGCUCAAAUACGACCAGCAUAUCAAGAUGGUCAAUCAGAGUAUCCGACGUCUGUAUGAAGAAGAAGCGUUUGACAAAGACAGUCUUGAUAACUUUUGCUAUGUCACACACGAUGACAUGAGACGGGAAGAGAGCUUUGCGGACCAAAGUGUGAUGGCGAUUAAGGCCCCGCCUGGGACAACACUUGAAGUACCUGACCCUGACGAGGGUAUGCCUGCCGGAAAACGCCGAUUUCAGGUCUUUCUCAAGUCUACAGAUGGACCCGUGGAUGUGUAUUUAGUUCGACGAAUGGCUGAUGAAAAGGAGGCCGAGGACACCAGGAUUUCAGAAAAGGAAGCCCAAGACCUUUUAGCUUAUGAUAGCUCUGUGCCUUCUAUGAACCAGAGAUCAUAUGACUCGGACAGCGAUAUCUUCAAGCUCGCGCCGCUAAAGACUGAUCCUGAUUUCUACUUCAAUCUAGAUGAUAGCGAAGGCAUCUCGGACUUUUUUGCGGGUAUUCCGUAA